UAAAGCAAGAUGAAGACAAGUUUAUUCUGCAAAUUGGUCCAAAGGCAGACUUACAACAUUCUUUCGCAGAGGCAUCUGUUCGUGAUUGUUUUAAUAGGACUGCUCAUGAUGGGCGUGUCUGUCUACCGCAUCAGUGAGAUUGCCUUGAGGCACGUGUCCAGCGUAUUCACCGACAACAUUGCAAGUGAAGACCUGCAAGACACUCUGUGUCAAAAUGUUCCCAUCGACGCUGUAUACACUUGGGUCAAUGGUUCUGAUCCCGGAGUUGUAAGAAACUUAACUCUCAUCAAGUCCCUUUUGGAAAACAACAAAACCAGGAUUCCCAUAGUGGUGCUGCACACUGACGAUAGGAUAGGACAUGACUCAUUCCCAGUCAAGUAUAGAAUUGGAAAAGAAGAGCACAAAGCUACUGCGCUUGUGCUCGAUUCUCACUAUGCAGAAAAUGUUGCCAGCCAAGGAUAUGUGAGGAUAAGAGGGAAGAAUGUGACAGCUACCAGGGCAUACAUUACAGAGUCAUCUGAGAUAGCAGAGAUGCUUCUCCUUGUUGGUGCUACAGUAUCUCCAGAUAAGAACAUCUUUCUCAACCAUCUUGUUUCUAGGGUAAUCCCGUGCAAGAAGGAAAAUGUGGCACUCGUUUUGACCUCUGGGAUUGCAGCAUCGGAGCUUCUACUUGCUUCUAAUCUUACAGCUUUGGGCAAGCGUGCGUCUUUAUUGACGGCUGCGUUAAUCGUACACUUUGAAAAUGAAGAUGUGGACAGGAGCAGAUUUGCCGAUAAUGACGAACUCAAGUACUCCUUAAGGUCAUUAGAGAAAAAUGCAGCGUGGAUACGAAGAGUGUUCCUAGUUACCAAUGGCCAGAUCCCUUCCUGGCUCAACUUAAACAGUGGCAAAAUAUCUGUGGUGACCCACCAGGAGAUCUUUGUGAAUGAAAGCCACCUGCCAACGUUUAGUUCCCCAGCUAUAGAGUGUCACUUGCAUCGCAUUCCUGGUCUCUCAAAGAGAUUCAUCUACCUCAAUGAUGAUGUCAUGUUUGGGAAACGAGUCUGGCCAGAUGACUUCUACUCUCACUCAAAUGGCUACAAGGUUCGUCUUGCAUGGUCUGUCCCCGAUUGUGCAUUGGGUUGUCCUACCUCUUGGAUACGUGAUGGCUAUUGUGAUCGCCCUUGCAACAACAGUCAUUGUCAAUGGGAUGGGGGUGACUGCAAUCAGAUUACUACUUUACCAUCUGCCAAAGUGGAUGUUCACAAAAUGUACUGCAGUAGCAGCUGUGCUAAUAGCUGGCUGGCGGACAGAUACUGCGAUCAAGCGUGUAAUGUGCUAGAGUGUGCUUUUGAUGCUGGAGACUGUGGAGUGUCAAGCUAUCACCUACUUUAUGGUAUUUUCUUGGAUACAAGAGUGCAACAUUACUACAUUCCUGCAGGUGAAACCCACGUCUACUUGAACCUCACUGAGCUCUUUCAGAAUGAUUCAAAGGUCACAGAUGGUCAUUAUGAAUAUACGGAGCAUGUACGCACAGUGGCUGUUUCCCUGCAGCAUAAAAUCCUUACGUUGGUACUUGGCCCUCGCAAGAAAUCAACUCAAGUACAUAUAGUUUUGAAGGGAAUCAAGAAAGGGCUCUCAUUCGAGUUUCCUUUUGUAGUGCAUCUGAAUGUUUCUCAAGUCCCCACACAACAACACACACCUUCUACAACAACAAUACAAGAGCCUCUGGUGUUUCCAAAGUUCCCGGAGCAUGAGAGGUAUCCAGCUGUACAUGGUGGGAGGCGUAGCCGAAGACUGUUGGACACAUUUGGAGACUCUUUGCGACACGUCAACCAGCUUUACAACCAUGCUUUUGGCUUUGAGGCUCGCAAGGUGCCCUCACACAUGGCACAUAUAAUAGACAAGGACGUAGUUGAACGACUUCAAGCGAGGUUUCCAGAGGAAUUUGACAAGACAUCGUCGCAUCGGAUCCGUAGCUCCGAUGACAUGCAGUUUGCAUUUUCCUAUUUCUACUUUUUGAUGAGUGAGAAAGUGCAAGUGUCAGUACAAGAGAUCUUUGACACAUUUGACGUGGAUAUGUCCGGGACAUGGUCUGACAACGAGAUCCAUACAGUGGUGGCAAAUCUAAAUGACCUGCCACUCGAAUAUGAAUCCACAGUUGGACAACUCCAAGAAAUGCUCAUUAGUUGCAAGAAGAAUGGUACAGCUGAGCCAUCCAAACAGUUUGUCAUCAACUGUGAUCCUCUGGUGCAGCUCCUCAAGAAGACCUUGGAGACAAAACAUGUGAAUCACUUCACAACCAUCAAGGAAGAUGAUUAUGCAUUUGUGAUGAUAAAAAACAAUGUAUCCCUCAUUGUGGCUCAAAUGGAUCAACUUCGAAAAAGGCCAAAGAAAUUCAUCUGUCUCAACGAUAACAUUGACCAUUCAAGAAAAGAUGCACAGAUGGUCAAGGCUGUGGUGAGAGACCUGUAUGACAGCUUGUUCCCCACACGGUCCUCGUUUGAGUUAACACCAGAGUACCGGAACCGUUUCUCAUACAUGAAGGACCUUCAUGACUGGCGGAAGCACAAAAACAUUCUUGCCACUUUUCUCACUAUCUGCUUCCUCUUCUUCUUUGCCUUCACUCUCUUCAACUUGUAUCAAGCCUUGGUAAGCAGAGAAUCCUGUCUAUUCAAUUGAAAUCAAGGCAGGAACUUCCUUGUUUGUGUAAUGUGUUGUACUGAGGCACAAAAGUAACGCAGUUUUUUUUAUUUUAUAUUAUUCUCGACAACAAUGAAUACAGUUGUUGCACAAUACCCGCUACUGGUUCAUUUGGCAGAUAUUUGUUCGACAGCAGCACGAGGAACAUUAUUUACACAUAUCUGUUGUUUACACAUAUCAGUCAGCUGCACGACUGCCAUAGGUUUUCCAGAUCCAAUAGCAUCUGCGAGACAAAUAAAAAUAUUUCCCAAGUC